GAUAGGCAAAUUCAUCUCGAUCUGUUGUUUGUAUAACUCCAUCGAGGACGAGAACGUUACCAAAGGUUUUGCUGAAAAAAAUUUUUGAGAAAAAGGCUGAUUGAAUACCAAAGGCAAACCGAAAAGAGGAAAAGUCCGCAAAAUUAGGAAAAGUCCGCAAAAUGAAAAAAAAUCCGCAAAAAGAGGAAAGUCCGCAAAAUGAGAAAAAGUCCGCAAAAAGAGGAAAAGUCCGCAAAAUUAGGAAAAGUCCGCAAAAAGAGGAAAAGUCCGCAAAAAGAGGAAAAGUCCGCAAAAAGAGGAAAGUCCGCAAAAUGAGGAAAAGCACAAAUUUAGGAAAAAUCCGCAAAGUAUAACAACCCAAAGAGAGAAACUGGUAAAUAAACGGACAAUCCCAGACCCAAUGUCCGUAGAUAACUUAUC